CCUCCGCGCCCCUAAGUCUUCAUCACAAACCCAAAACUCUCUCCUUUUCCAACCCCCCCCUAAAUAUCAUAGAAAUAGAGAACGACCCAGAAGAAGAAAAAUGAGAUUGAAAAUGGAGCCGGAGACGUUGACCCUGUUUCUGGUCAACUUAGCCGGAAUCAUGGAGCGAGCCGACGAGUCUUUGCUUCCCGGCGUCUACAAGGAGGUCGGCGCGGCUCUCCACACCGACCCGACCGGGCUCGGGUCGCUCACUCUGUUCCGGUCCAUAGUCCAGUCACUGUGCUACCCCAUCGCCGCUUACCUGGCCGUGCGUCACAACCGGGCCCACGUCAUCGCCCUCGGCGCCUUCCUCUGGGCCGCCGCCACUUUUCUCGUCGCGUUUUCCUCCACUUUCUAUCAGGUGGCUAUAUCCAGAGCUUUGAAUGGGGUUGGCCUUGCUCUAGUUGCUCCUGCUAUGCAGUCACUUGUGGCGGACUCAACUGAUGAUAGUAGCAGGGGUACGGCUUUUGGGUGGCUGCAGCUAACUGGCAACUUUGGUUCGAUAAUUGGUGGUCUUUGUUCCAUACUGAUAGCUCCAUUGACAAUCAUGGGAAUGCCUGGUUGGAGAGUUUCCUUUCAUCUUGUUGGACUAAUCAGUGUUCUAGUCGGUCUUUUAGUCCGCAUAUAUGCAACUGAUCCGCAUUUUCCAGAGGGUGCAACAAAAGAAAGCAGCCAGGGUCCUAGUAGAUCAUUUUUGUCAGAAGUAAAGGAGCUGGCUAAAGAAGCUAAAUCGGUUAUGAAAAUUCCCUCGUUCCAGAUUGUUGUGGCACAGGGUGUUACUGGCUCGUUCCCUUGGUCGGCAUUGUCAUUUGCGCCAAUGUGGCUGGAACUUAUCGGAUUUUCUCAUGGGAGAUCCGCUUUCCUCAUUGCCUUGUUUGUGAUUGGUAGUUCUCUUGGGGGUCUCUUCGGAGGUAAAAUGGGGGAUAUCUUAUCAGUGCGCUUUCCAAAUGCUGGAAGGAUAAUUCUAGCACAGAUAAGCUCGGCAUCUGCAAUACCUCUCGCAGCAAUUCUUCUGCUUGUAUUGCCUGAUGAUCCAUCCUCAGCUAUCAUCCAUGGUUUAGUUUUGUUCAUCAUGGGAUUCUUGAUAUCUUGGAACGGUCCAGCUACGAACAAUCCAAUUUUUGCUGAGAUAGUUCCCGAGAGAUCCCGAACAAAUGUGUAUGCCCUGGACAGAUCUUUUGAGUCCAUACUCUCAUCAUUCGCUCCUCCCACGGUGGGGAUUUUGGCUCAGCAUGUUUAUGGUUAUAAACCAGUUGCUGCAGGAUCCAGUGCAUCUGAAGAGAUAGCAACAGACAGAGGGAAUGCUUUAUCAUUGGCAAAGGCACUAUACUCAGCAAUAGGAAUUCCGAUGGCACUCUGUUGUGUUAUUUACUCCUUCCUAUACUGCACCUACCCGAGAGACAGGGAGCGUGCUCGAAUGGAGGUUUUGAUUGAAUCAGAGAUGCAACAAGUAGAAUUAGAAAAUUCACCUAGAGGAGGAGAACAUUCUCAGAUGCGGUUUCCUGAGUCAGAAGAACUAUUUGUGAAUGGUAAGACUGUCAUCGACAUGGAGUACAAGGGCGAGCAAGGCCUUGUUGGUGAUGCUGAGGAUGAUGAACAGACAUUGCUGUACCGCCAGUUAACCUUCGCCAAUAUGGGACCGGAAUAAUCUGGCAUACAGACAAUGGCUCGGCAUACACGAAGAUAGAUAGCUCAUAGCUUUUAAUGGGUAUCUAUUUACAACUACAACACACUUCUUGCAAUGGACUGAACAUUACAACUCCAUUAUUUAGCACAUCCAGGGAUCUAUAUACAUGUACAGAGACAAAAUGUCCAUCCAGAUUUUUCUAUGGUUAUUUCAAGAUGUAAUACAUCUUGGUAUUUCC